AUGUUGUUGUAUUUUUGUUUCUUCGUUUUUCUCAUCCAUGGCGUGAAAAGUGGUAACGACAAGGCGAUAGAAAACUGCAAUAGAGAUGUGGGAGGUCAUCAACGACCAACUGUCGAUCCAAGUCGUUGUGCACACAUCGAUUCACCUGCUUGUACUGCAAUAUUUCCAUAUCAUCCUCCCGACCAAGCUGGUGCAACAAUCGCAACACACUUCAAUCCAAACGACGAUUACAAAAUACCAGAAAAAUGUACGAACGCGGAUCUUAAAGAUUUUGCGGAAAAGAAUUGCCCAAGUCAUUGUGCAUUCUGCUGUAAAGCAAAGCAAUUCAACUGUGCUAAUGAUCCAUUCGCAGGCGAUCACUGUGAUGCUUUCACAUUGGAGAUGUGCAGAAAUGCGGCUCUCAAUACAAUAGCAUUAAUGAGGUGCCCAAUGAGAUGCGGGCUUUGUGACCGACCAGGAGCAGGUGGCAUCUGCCCAAACACAUUUGACGAUGCAGUUUGCACAGCGCUGGUAGCGGUGAUUUGCCUCGAUGAGAAAGCGAAGAAUUCUUGUCAAAAAACAUGCGGAUUAAGAACUUGCCUAGAGAACCAAAAUGCAACAGCAGCACAAUCAAAUUGUCGCGACGACGACCAGCAAUGUUCAGAAAAUAGAAAAUACUGCACAAUAGAACCUUAUGCAACUGUAAUGAGAGGAAAAUGCCGUUUGACUUGUGGCCAUUGUCAGCCAUAA